AUGAAUCGGGGAGGAGUGCCUCGAGAUCCAAGAAGAGGUGAACGAAGAGACCGGAGCGGUGGCAAUACAGUGAUCGAAGCUUUUGGUGAAUCGAUCUUGAGACAACCAACAACAAAUUCGAAAUCUGACUUCUCGAUAGCUCUGCUCGUUCUUGAAGGGAUAGGAGCGACAAGGGUCGAGAUGAAUAAACUCAUCCUAACCCAAUUACCAGAUGUAAAGCUUGCCGGUAUCCAACUCAAUCGAAACAACGGUACGUUCACGCUGUACGCUUUUGAUGUCAGAUCGUUCAACACCCACUGACUGGCGCCACGAAAUUAUCGAUCGGAGAUGGACAAGCAGCAAUAUGUAUUCCUUGAGCUAUUCAAUGCAUUCUUGAUACGCAGAAAGACGCUUUUGUGAAAAACGUCGAUCUUGACAUCGAUGAUGACGAAAUUCGAACGGUGCUAACAGAAAAUGUAUGGGACAUAACUACUCUUAGUUCACAAAAACAUCAAAAAAAUCAAAAAAAGGUGUUUUGUUUUUUAUUGCCUUUUUCCGCUUUAAUCUCUUCUCCUUCGAUUUAUUAUUAUUUGUCAAACACCCUCACCCCGCCCUCACCCUAAUUGAAAUGUAACCUGCUUUCUUUUUGUCUUCUGUCGUAUUUAUUUAAAUAAAAUAUUAAAUAAUGAAGAGAAAUCAUUCACUCAGAAAAUUGAAAAUACAGUUUUCAAAAAAGGUGAAACUGGCUUUCUGGUGCCAGAAUUUAACUUUUUUAAAAAGUUAUGUGAGAUUCGUCAACAUUUAUAAUCGAAAACUCAUCCGAAGAAAAUCUUUUCAAGCAAAUUCUUUUUAGAAAUUCUUUUUGAGAAAAUUUCAUUUGAGUAAUGUUAAACCUAUUUCUUCGUCCACAACAACAACAAGAAAAGACCUUUUUUUUGAUUUUUUUGAUGUUUUUGUGUACUAAGAGAAGUAGUUAUGUCCCAUACAAAACAACAUAGAGCACGUUGUUAAUAACUUAAAAAUGAAGUUUCAGAAUCAGCUUAGAAGUUCUGA